AUGAGCGGAACAAAGACAGGACUGGUCAGGACGACGUCCAUGAAGCUGCAGCGGAUGUUCUCGUCUCGACGAGGACGAGGUGCCGCAACGAACGGCGUCGACACUUCUUCUUCUUCUUCUCCGCUGGCGCGAGGAGGUGGAAGGCUGAUCAGGGAGUCAAGAGUCGGCAUGGACAUGCAGCGCACACCCACACACUCGUCCGGGAGCUCCUCCUCGUCUUACGAUUUCGUGUCGUUCCACACCACCCCUAGCAGCAGCAGCAGCAGUAGCGGGGCUUCGACGUUCAGCGCAGACUCAUCCCCCGCCAGUAGCACCAGGUCUAGCUCAGCAAAGCACUCGCUCAGGAACCCCGGCCCACGAUUGGUGAUCCGGCCAUCUACGUUCGAGUGGACGUGGAAUUGGGACGACAACUGGUCCUCGUGUGUCGGAGGCGACGCCGCAGGGGACGAGGUUGCGCCGGUCUUCCCGCGCACGCUGCCGUCGCCGAGGAAGUGGGCAGAGGAACAUGCGCAGGUCAGCCCGCUCUCCUCGGCCGUCGACUUGGCUGUGCACACUUUGACCCAGUUGCCCAACCGCAUGCUCGGCCAUGACGACGACGAUGACGACGAAGAGCGGGCACGACUGUGGCGCAAUUUGUCCUGGUGCGAUAGCAGCGAUGACGACGACGAUGGCGAGGGAGAGGCAGAGCACUCUGUUUUUUCGCCCAAGCACCACGCACAUCGACAGACAGAGCUGCAACCGCAACCCUUUAUGCGCAGACGGAGGAGCAAUACAGCCCCCUCCACCACCACCACCACCACCACCACCACCACCAUCAUCCCGAGCAUCGUCAUCAGCGCCCCCCAAACACUCCCAACCGCCUCAAGUCACAAGCGUAACCACACCUUCACUAUCCGCCGCAAACCGCCCCCGGCGUUCAUCGACGUGGCGAUCAGCGUAGCCUAA